UCGGAAAUUAGAGCACCGCACAUUGUGCUGAUCUUCGGCUGAUCGUCCUCGAGUUUUCGAACAACGGUAGCAGACAUGCUUCGAAUCCGUGCAAUUAUAUUCGCUGUUAUUGCAUUCGUCGUAACAUUACUACUAAACACAGCGGAAUGUACCCUCCAACCAAAGGCACCCAAUUUCCAGUACUUCGAAAGACCCAAGUACCGGUACCCGUAUUAUGAUGAGAAUGGCAGGGGAAAACUUCUCUACGGCUAUGGAGGUCCGGAACUCUAUCAGUACAAGAGCUACUCACCGCUGGAUGGAAUCCAUUAAAUGGUCCAUGAGCGUGUUUGAUUGUAAAUAGGAAAAAAAUGGUGUUCGUAUUAACUUUAACGAGGUGAUAUCCAUUGAUGACGAUGAUGAUCACUGUUGGCCGGAGCGCAGCAAUCUAUUAAGACUUACAGUUUACUUUAAAUGAAUACAACCAGUCAAAUUA